UAUCAUUUUCUAGAGUGCACAGAACUGAUCAAUCAUCACCAGCCACAACAUACCAUCCAUUAAUUCAAUCCAUACACAGAAGGUUGAACUAUGUCGAGAAAAAAUCUCUUAAUAUUCCUCUUCUAUGUCCUUGUGAAACUCUCUUGUGUGGCUUUAGCUGCAAGUGAUGAGAAGAAUGAAGAAGCAAAUGCACUCUUAAAGUGGAAGACCACCCUUGAUAACAAAAGCCAACUUAUCUUGUCAUCUUGGAACAACGGCACAAGUCCAUGCAGAUGGAAAGGAAUUCAGUGUGACAAAUCAAAGUCAAUCACAACCAUGAACAUUGAAAACUUUGGACUCAAAGGUACAUUCCACACUCUCACCUUCUCUUCAUUCCCAAACCUCCUCAGCAUAAACAUAUACAACAACUUGUUCCAUGGAACCAUUCCCCCGCAGAUUGGUAACUUGUCAAGAGUUAAUCAAUUGAACUUGUCCAAAAAUUUCUUUGAAGGUUCCAUUCCUAAAGAGAUCUUCACCUUGACAAGUCUCCACGGGCUUGAUCUUUUCGAAUGCCAUCUAAGUGGCCAAAUCCCUGAGUCUAUAGGAAAUUUGGCCAACUUAACAUAUCUAGAUUUUGGAGACAACAAUUUUUCUGGCCACAUUCCUACUGGGAUUGGCAAAUUGGUCAACCUUGAGUAUCUUUCUUUCAUAGAUAAUUAUCAUCUUUCUGGUUCCAUUCCAGUGGAAAUAGGAAUGAUGACAAACCUUCAUGUGAUUGAUUUCUCAAGCAACACUCUCUUUGGGGCUAUCCCUCCUACCAUUGGUAACUUGAGCAAUUUGCAACAAUUAUACCUUUCUAGUAACACACUCUCUGGGUCAAUUCCACCCUCCAUCUGGAACAUGUCUAACUUGACCUUAUUAUAUCUUAAUAACAAUAACCUUUCCGGAUCCAUCCCUGCUUCCAUAGAAAACUACUUAGCCAACUUAGAUUCCCUUGCACUUGAUAACAAUCACUUUUCUGGAUCCAUUCCUUCCACAUUGGGAAACUUGACAAAGCUCUUCCAAUUAUACCUCAGCUUUAAUCAUUUUUCUGGACCAAUUCCUGCCUCUAUAGGUAAUCUGGUCAAUUUGAAUUACUUGAGCUUCCAUACAAACAACCUCUCUGGAACUGUCCCUGAAACAAUUGGAAACCUGAAAGGCCUCAAGAUGCUAGAAUUGGCCACCAACAAGUUUAAUGGCACCCUUCCACAGGGCAUUAAUAACUUGACAAGUUUGAGGAAAUUUUCAGUGUCCAAGAACAAUUUCAUUGGCCAUUUGCCAACUCAAAUCUGCUCAGGUGGAUUACUCUCAUACUUCAAUGCUGAGAACAACCAUUUUACUGGAUCAGUGCCAAGAAGCUUGAAGAGUUGCUCUAACAUUGCUAGACUCACAUUACAGGGAAACCAGUUGGAAGGUGACAUUGCAGAAAUUUUCGGCAUAUAUCCGAAUUUAGUACAUAUUGAUCUGAGUGAUAACAAGUUUUACGGUCAGAUUUCACCAAACUGGGGAAAGAACCAUAACCUUCAGAACUUGUACAUGUCCAACAACAAUAUUUCUGGUGCUAUACCACCACAAAUUGUUGAGGCUACUAAUCUGGGUAGGCUUCGCCUUUCUUCAAACCAACUGAAUGGAAAGAUUCCAAAGGAACUAGGGAAUAUGAAAAACUUGUUUGAACUCAGUAUCAAUAACAAUCAUCUCUCAGGAAGCAUUCCACCAGAAAUAGGAUCAUUGAAGAAUCUGACAUUCUUGCGCCUAGCAGGAAAUGAGUUGAGUGGCAACAUACCAAGAGAAGUUAUGCAGUUACCCAAAUUGGUUGAAUUGAACUUGAGCAUCAACAGACUAGAGGGAAGCAUCCCCUCUGGCAUUGCCUCAUUAGAACCUCUCUCUUCUCUUGAUCUUAGCAACAAUUUGUUGAAUGGAACAAUACCAAGGUGGCUUGGAGAUCUGACGCAAUUGAACUUCUUGAACCUCUCACACAAUGAUCUCUCUGGCAAUAUUCCAUCCAGUUUUGAUGGCAUGUCAGCCUUGAUUUCAGUCAACAUAUCACACAACCAGUUAGAAGGGCCGCUUCCAAACAAUCAAGCGUUUCUUAAUGCUCCAAUUUGGUCCUUGAAAAGUAACAAAGGCUUGUGUGCUAACAAUGUCACCGGCUUGGAGCGAUGCACAAAGAAGCAUAGCCUGAAGAUGGUAUUGUUUCUUAUCUAUGGAGCACUUGCUCUAGCACUUUGUUUGUUAGGUGUUUCAAUGUAUAUUCUUUGCAGAAGAGGCAGAAAGAGAGAAGAAGUUAAAGAAGUGCAAUCAAAAGAGCACUUUUCCAUAUGGAGCCAUGAUGGGAAAAUGGCAUUUGAAACAAUCAUUCAAGCUACCAAUAAUUUUGAUGACAAAUAUCUCAUUGGAAAUGGAGGGCAAGGAUCUAUUUACAAGGCUGAGUUGCCUUCAGGUAUGGUUGUUGCUGUGAAGAAGCUUCAUGAGAAGACUACUAUUGGGGAGGAGACAUACAAUUUGAAAGCAUUUGAGAAUGAAAUCAAAGCAUUGACAGAAAUGAAGCACCGCAACAUCAUAAAGCUAUAUGGGUUUUGCCAACAUUCACGGUUCUCAUUUUUGGUUUAUAAGUACUUGGAAGGUGGAAGCUUGGAUCAAGUGCUAAGAGAUGAAGCGAAAGCAAGUAAAUUUGAUUGGGGAAAGAGGGUGAAUGUGAUUAAAGGAGUUGCUAAUGCUCUAUCAUAUAUGCAUCAUGAUUGCUUACCUCCUAUAGUUCAUCGCGACAUAUCGAGCAAGAAUGUCCUUUUGGAUUCAGAAUAUGAAGCUCAUGUCUCUGAUUUUGGGACAGCUAAGUUUCUUAAGCCAGGUUCAAGUUGGACAACACUUGUAGUCACCUAUGGAUAUGGAGCUCCUGAGCUAGCUCAGACUAUGGAAGUGACAGAGAAAAGUGAUGUAUAUAGCUUUGGAGUGCUUUGUUUGGAGAUCCUCAUGGGAAAGCAUCCAGGAGAUUUGAUCAACUCAUUGUUGUCGCCAACAACAGCAUCAAUAACAUACAAUUUGUUAUUGGUUGAUGUCAUGGAUCAGAGGCCACCCCAUCCUAAGAAUUCAAUUGUUGGGGAAAUCAUGUGGAUCACAAAGUGGGCACUUGAGUGCUUGAGACAAAGUCCACGAUCACGACCAAGCAUGCAUCAGAUUUCUAAAGAGCUUAUGAUGGGAAAGUCACCUUUAGCUAAUCGCCAGUUUCCUAUGAUCAGAAUUGGGCAACUCAUUGAAGAAGGAUCGGGGAGUGCACUUACGUGAUUGCUUCAUUAUGAUCUAAUGAUUCAUACUUCAUAUAUAUAGUCCACCUGUGUCUUAAUUCUUAAGCUUGUUUACUUUGACACCGUGUGUACCAUUAUAUAUAUGUACGAGUAAAAGGUUAAUUUCUUUGGUUAUGUUUUGUGCCAACCAAUUACAAAAGGAGAUAAGCUUGUUGAGUCAGAAUGCAUGAAUAGAAGUAGAGUAAUCUCAUUGUUAAUGUUUCAAUAAAGAGCAGAGAAUAAAGAAGAAAAAAUGAUCUAUUGAUGAACUC